UGUCUUUUCAAUUCAUUUAUCUGCAGGAAUGAUUGCGACUAUCAGUCUAGAGCUCACCGCCUGACUGAGGAGGUGAAAGUUGCGCCACAGGAAGAUAAACCGCAAAAGACAAUAUUGCAUGUAUACACGAUUUUGCGUGUGCAUCGGAUGAGCGGUAUAGGGGGAUUCCUCGCGUCUUAAAAAGUAAACAGAAAUUCGGUGGAUUUGAGAGUUUGCUCAGUGUAGAGGUCCAAGAGAUACAGAGAGGGGGAGGAAGAAUAUCUGCGCGUGGUUUUUUGAUUUCUGCUCUCAGUCGUCUCAGCGAGUCUAGACUGAAGAUGCUCCUGGACGCAGGACCGCAGUAUCCCACCAUAGGAGUCACUACUUUCGGCUCCUCACGGCAUCACUCAACAGGCGAAGUCACAGAGAGAGAAGUAGCGUUGGGGAUAAAUCCGUUCGCAGAUGGGAUGGGCGCCUUCAAAAUAAACCACAGCUCCCACGAUAUUGGCUCCGGACAGACGGCGUUUUCUUCCCAGGCGCCCGGCUACGCAGCAGCUGCCUUGGGACACCAUCACCACCCGACCCACGUUGGCUCUUACUCCACGGCGGCUUUCAACUCCACCAGGGACUUUCUCUUCAGAAAUCGGGGUUUUGGGGAUGCCACCGGGGCGCAGCACAGUCUAUUUGCCUCCGGAAGUUUCGCAGGGCCACAUGGACACUCAGAUGCAGCCGGGCACCUGCUCUUCCCAGGGCUCCACGAGCAAGCAGCAAGCCAUGCCUCUUCCAACGUGGUCAACAGCCAGAUGCGGCUGGGCUUCUCGGGGGACAUGUACGGACGGGCCGACCAGUAUGGCCACGUUACGAGCCCCAGGUCUGACCACUAUGCGUCAACCCAGCUGCACGGCUAUGGCCCCAUGAACAUGAAUAUGGCUGCACAUCACGGAGCAGGGGCCUUCUUUCGAUACAUGAGGCAGCCGAUCAAACAAGAGCUUAUCUGCAAGUGGAUCGAACCGGAGCAGCUGACGAAUCCCAAAAAGUCGUGCAACAAAACUUUUAGCACGAUGCACGAGCUUGUGACCCAUCUAACGGUGGAGCAUGUGGGAGGACCAGAGCAGACGAACCACAUUUGCUUCUGGGAGGACUGCUCCAGAGAAGGAAAGCCAUUCAAAGCCAAAUACAAACUUGUAAAUCAUAUCAGAGUACACACCGGUGAAAAGCCCUUUCCGUGUCCGUUCCCCGGCUGUGGCAAAGUAUUUGCUCGAUCGGAAAAUCUAAAAAUACACAAAAGGACUCACACCGGUGAGAAGCCUUUUAAAUGUGAGUUUGAAGGCUGCGACAGGCGGUUUGCAAACAGCAGUGACCGCAAGAAACACAUGCACGUCCACACAUCGGACAAGCCCUAUCUCUGCAAAAUGUGCGACAAGUCAUACACACAUCCCAGCUCCCUCCGAAAACACAUGAAGGUCCACGAAUCCAACAAUGCAGGAUCGCAGCCAUCUCCAGCGGCCAGUUCAGGGUACGAGUCGUCGACACCUCCCACCAUAGUAUCACCGUCCACAGAGAACCAGAGCAGCAGCUCCAUAUCACCAGCAGCCUCAGCAGUACACCACACAACCAGCCACAGCACGCUGUCGUCAAAUUUCAAUGAAUGGUACGUGUAAAUAUUUUUGAAAAAGAAAAAGAAAGCACGGGGAAAAAAGACUGCAGAAAUAAAGAAAUAAAUAAAACUGCUUGGAAUCAAAGACUUUAUCAAGUCAGCCAGUGAAACGAGGACUGAAAAAACACACGGGAGGCCCAAACGAUCAAUAAAAGGCUGCCUUAAUGUCAGUGAAAGAGAAUGCAUGGACAUAAAGGAGGCAAGGACAGCCACCUACUUAAACUUUUUCCCCCCUAAAUAUUUCUUUGAGUCUUUAUUUUUACUGAGAGACUGCUCAAAAAAAAAGGAAGAAGAGAGAGAUCUCAAAAAGCAUGCUAUCUGCGGGUAGAGGCCUGAAUUUUUGUACAUAAGGAUUUCACCAAGUUGAAAAAAAAAUGUAAUAUUUUAUUUUGUAAAUAGUUCUAUCACAGUUUAAGGGAAUUUGUGAAAAAUGUGGUCCCUAGAUAUAUGGAAAAAUGAGAUGGUUUUAAGAAUACUGCGAUGAAUAGACUUCAUUGAAAAGAAUGUUAUAGUUGUGUACCAAAUGUGAAUUAUUCAGUAUUACUACAGUCUACACGUCGACUUAACCGACUCUUAGUAUUAAUGUGCUUUUGUAGCCUAUUCAGUGCAACAUUUUCGUCCAAGGUCCAGUUUGAGUAGCACAGUAUCAUUGUUGUUAUUUAAUGUCAUGUCGAUAAAUCGUGUAGUGAAAGCCUGAAAUUCCGUGUCAAUCUGUUUAUGUAGUGAUAAUUAUAAAAUCUCUGUCAAUUGCUUUGUCUGAAAGGAAGUAUUAUGUAAGUAGCUCAAUUUUCCAUAUUUAUCCGCAUGUAAAGGACCGGUAACAUGUUAGAAAUGAUCGGUAUUUAUGGAGAAAUGCGCUCGUAUGUAAAAUUUAGUUUACAAAAACAACAAAAAAAAAUGUUUGGAUACAUUUCGUACUAUAUUAAAGGAUUAAAAAAAUA